GCGAAAUAGAUCUUACUCCCGGUGCUUUCCUCUUCCCUCCCCGAAAGGAUGUAGUUAAAAGCUAGGGUCAGGAUGUUGAUCACUGCCUGGGCCUCCUCGUUUCAGAUAGUUACGGAGAAUGAUCCUACUUCCUGAAUCCCAAAUCUUUUUUUACUCAGUUGUUUUUGGUUUUGAGAGGAUCUUUGGAGGCAAUACUUACUUGUUGCCUCCUGUAAGAGCUCUUCAUUUUAGAACUCUAUUCUUCUCCUUCCCUCUUUGCAGCCCUCUAAGCCACACUAAGAGUUACAUUUUUAAAAACCUGCGUUUAAGGUGUUUGUAAAAUGACUUGUUGGCCCUCAGUUGUGUAUAAUCAAGAAGUGCUUAAGAGUUUGUAGAAAAUUCGAUUGGCCUGAGAGUAAUCCCAGAGUUGAGCUGUCCAAAAGCAGGUGGCUUGUUCGUUUGCAUUUCUGCUUUCAGAAAGGAAAUCAAUGCAGUGAGUUGUUAGAAGUUAGGGGCCUACCCCACGCGUUUAGACUGUUGAUUCGAUUUCCUUUACUGGGUUUUCGGUUUUAAAAAUAAGAAUAAGCGACCAGUCUUCACUUAUUAAAGCUUUUAUGGUUUUAUUUGUUACUGUUAGAUGGCAAUGGAAAAUGGGUUAAAUCUAUUGUGUAAUGUUAUAUUUUAGGAGAAGCCCUAAAUGGAAAAGUUAAAAAUAAUGUUGUGCAUCUCAUUACAUUGUACAGAUCACUGCAUGAAAAUGGUAUCAAAAUAGUUAAUAUCUUGUAAUUAUCAAAGAAACUUCUGGAAUUGGCAUAAAAUAGUUGAAGUUACCCACAAAAUCAUUAUGUUAGCAUGUGUAGCAGACAUUGUGUAGAAGAGUUCAGAUGCAUGAGAGGACUGAAGUAUUCUGACAGAAGAUAUGGCUCGUGGACAGCAGAAGAUUCAGUCUCAGCAGAAAAAUGCCAAAAAGCAAGCUGGACAAAAGAAGAAACAAGGACAUGACCAAAAGGCUGCUGCCAAAGCUGCCUUAAUAUAUACCUGCACUGUUUGUAGGACACAAAUGCCAGACCCUAAGACCUUCAAGCAGCACUUUGAAAGCAAGCAUCCUAAGACUCCACUUCCUCCAGAAUUGGCUGAUGUUCAGGCAUAAAGUUGUUUACAGGUGAAUUCAUGACACCUUUGACUCUUCUACUGUCUCAGACCUUAGGUAACAAACCUGCAGCUGCUUUUCUAACAAACUGUUGAUCAGCAAAAAUAAAGGGGCUACAGAAACACUCAUUUUUAUGCUGUUCCCUUUUGGGCUUCAUGCAAAGACAAUUCUGUGUAAAUGUACAGUUGACUCUGAUUUGGAAAUCUGAAAAUCAGUCCAUCCUUGUUAUAAAAAAUUUUUUUACAAUUGUAAUUAUAUUGAUGUUCAUAUUGUGUAAAAUAACUCAUUUAAUAAAGUAGUACUUUGAUUUUACAACAUCACAGGAUAAAUGGUUCUAGAAAUUCUGUUCUAACUUUCCACAUUAUUUGCCUUAUGAAAAUCUAAUGGAUUUGUCAGCUAGAAUUGCAGGCGCAGUUCUUAUCUCCCUCUCUCAGCUCAGUGGCAGGUUCAUUAGCUAAACUAGAACAGACCCAUUCACACAGUUUUAUUGGCAGCUGUUGAUCUAGGUGAAGAAUGACUUACCUGCUGCCUUAGUAUAUACCAUCAUGUGUCAUUUAUUCCUCUGUUUUCCUGUGUUUGAGGUUGGAAUAUUUCAACUUGCCACAUGACCACAGCUGCCAUCCAGGAAUACCCUGUAGAUGACUGAUAAAUUGCUAAUGCAUUGGAUUUUCAGUGAGCCCUUCUGAAAGAUGAGGCUCUGAAGUAUAUGCCGUGAUGAAAUCAGUAGGGCUGUUAUUGAAUACAAAAUAUGAUGGAUCGUAUGUGAACUGGUAAAGCUCUGUCUUCUAUAAAUUAUACCAGAUUCUUUCAAAAUUCUUCAGUUCAUUAAUUGGAAAUUAAAACUCAAUUUUUGAAGGAUUUUUUGGAAGUUAUUAAUGUUUUAGCCAGUUUUUUAAACGGUUUUUCAUUAACAGGAAGAUUGGAAUGACUUGCUGCUGGGUUAAUUCCCAGAACCACCUCCCUCCUUUCCUUUGUAAGUGAAUAGUUGAUUUUAGGAGUUUACUUUGUGCUGGUGCCUAAAAUCAAAGACUGUACAGUAUGACUUCUGUCUGAACUAGAAAAGGAUUAAAAUGUAGGCCAAUCUCCACAUUCUUUUUGGCUUUGAGGAUGGGGAAAUGGGUUAGUAAAGAUAGGUGAGGUAAAUCCUACCUAGUUAAGGAAGACUAAUUUCAGGGUCCUUCUAAUUUGCUUUUGUCAACUAUUAACUUUACUCGUGAAACUGCUUUAACUCUGUUUAAAUUCUGAAGUUCAUAUAAUAGGAAGAACACUCAACUAUUAACUGGUAAUUGCUUAGAGGCACAGAUCUGCCUCUGGAUUACAAAAUGCAUUCCCUCUCUCCGCUGUAAUUCAUCACUGCAUUUGUUUUGUAGCUGUGCAUAUUCUGCCCACCUUGUUUGACUUCACUGUAAGUUUCAAGUAAGAUAUUUACAAGGAAAAGCUUCAGUGGCGAUAGUUUCUUAGCAACUUCUAUUACAUUCUUACUUCAAAAUAGCUUUUUUUUCAUGUGUUUAAUUUCCUAAAUUUCAGAUUGAAUAUCUGUUACCUCCUAAUAUGUUGCUACCAGAACAUGAGAAUUUGCCUGAUUGCUUGUGGGUAUUAUUAAAGUUCUGGUUAACAUUACAAUUUAAAGAUUUUUAAAAGCGCUUUGACCAUAUGUAUGUUUACAUUUAGUAACAAGUCAUUUAAAAACCAUUCACAAUUUUUUUUUUUGUUUUUUUGUUUGUUUGUUUUCCUUUUUGCUGACUGUAAUUCAGAAUAAAAGCUUUUUGUUCUGGUAUCUAACCCUUUUUUACAAGCAGCUGAAGACACCAUAUAUAACUUUAUAUCUCAGUGAUAGGAAAAUAGCUGCAUUGGCCUUGCUUAAGACAUUAAUUCUCAUACUUCAUGUAAGGAUUAUUAGUACAAUCCCUUUUUGUGAUGUUUGAAUUAAAUUUGCUCUAAGGGAAAACUACAAUUCUUAAGCAUCCUCAUUAUUAAAUUUGAAGAUUCUUUAACAGAUCACAGCAGAAUUCAUUAUAAAACUGUUAUGGUGUCUUCAAAGACUUUAUAAAAUCUGAGACACUGAGAGAGAAUUGGUCCAUUUGUAUUCUGUAUUUCCAUUAUUUGCCAAAAGAAAUGGGGUCAAGAUUACAUUUGUUUCCAUUCUACUUCCUAUGGAUCUAUAUCCCCAUGUUUAACUGACACAUUGGGGGUUCAGUUGUGUGCUGUAAUGUCUUAUUAAAGAAGAUAUUAAAGAAAA